UCCUUUUUCCCUUUUCUUCCCUCAACAAUCUCAUCUUAUUUGUCAUUUUCUUGAAUGAUUUUCUUCUGUUCUCUUUAUAUAAACAAAUUUCCUUCCCUAUCUUACCUUCUCUAUCAUGGCUUUCCCUUCUCCGUUCUCUCUCCUUAAGGUUGGUUAUGAUGUUGCAUGAUUGCUAAUGACAAAAUUGUGACAUUGGUCCUAUAUUGACGAAUUUAGUUGUAUUGGAUCAACGUUUUGUGUGAAAUUAACAAUUAUUUUAAUAAUAGUUUAAGAAGAAAAGGCAAAUUUCUCAGUAGUUUGUAAUUUUGGUUUUGUGGGAUCACCGAGAAAAUUCAAGAAAAUUUGAGUUAAGGGAAGUUGACAAAAUGGGGUAUCUAAAUUCAGUGUUAUCAUCAUCCUCCAAUCAAGUUCAUGCUGAUGAUGCCCCUGUUAGCGGCGGCGGCCUUAGCCAAAAUGGGAAGUUCAGCUAUGGAUAUGCAAGUUCUCUUGGGAAAAGGUCCUCAAUGGAAGAUUUCUACGAGACAAGGAUUGAUGGUGUGGAUGGGGAGGUAGUUGGUCUGUUUGGAGUAUUUGACGGCCAUGGAGGUGCAAGAGCUGCUGAAUAUGUCAAACAGAACCUUUUUAGUAAUCUGAUCAGGCAUCCUAAAUUCAUUUCUGAUACCAAGUCAGCUAUAGCUGAUGCAUACAGCCAUACAGACUCAGAGUUUCUGAAAUCAGAAAAUACUCAAAAUCGAGAUGCUGGAUCUACAGCUUCUACUGCUAUCCUUGUGGGCGACCGCCUGUUGGUUGCCAAUGUUGGGGAUUCUAGAGCUGUUAUUUGCAGAGGUGGUAAUGCUAUUGCCGUUUCGCGGGAUCACAAGCCAGACCAGACUGAUGAACGCCAACGGAUUGAGGAUGCUGGUGGUUUUGUGAUGUGGGCAGGAACUUGGAGAGUUGGAGGUGUACUUGCUGUUUCUCGUGCAUUUGGUGAUAGACUUUUGAAGCAGUAUGUAGUCGCUGAUCCCGAAAUCCAGGAGGUAAAGGUUGAUAGCUCCCUUGAGUUCCUUAUCCUCGCAAGUGAUGGGCUUUGGGAUGUCGUGACAAAUGAGGAAGCUGUCUCUAUGGUUAAGCCUAUUAAAGAUCCUGAGGAUGCGGCUAAAAGGCUGGUGCAGGAAGCACAUCAGCGAGGUAGUGCAGACAACAUUACUGUUGUCGUCGUUCGUUUUCUCGGUGACCAAGAAGGAUCUUCUUCUCAUGGUGGCUCUGACUAAGAACUGCUUUGUAUCCUUAGCGUAUUUAUUUGCUUCUGGUUGAUGGAAAUUAUGACUUAGCAAUAGACUUUUACUUGAAGUACAACCAUAGAAACAUAGACUUGAUCUGUCAUUAGUGAAGCUGUUGGCCUUUAGACAUGACUCAGUGUAAUAUUCAGCUUUGUUGGUUUACAUACUUUAGCUUUCAUUUCUAUUUGUUCCAUUUUUUUUUUAACUUCCGUAUUGUUUUGUAUACUGUAUAUAUUGGGAAAGAUUGGUGGAUUUUUAUGUUU